AAAGCACAACCGCUUGCAUAGUUCAUGCAGACUUCAACACAGGGCGGAGUUCGUCAACGUCGCCAACGAUGAAAAGACUGCUUAGUUAGUGCAUGAUCAGAUGUAUGUUUUUUUCGGUUCGUAGAAGAGUAUCAGAUAUUAUAUGUGACAUCAACACUGAACAAUUAGGCGGGACAUCGUUUGGUCAACACUGAAAUAGUUGUUGUGCUUCUCAUUCCAAAUUUCUUCACACAGCAGAGACGGAGUUAUUUAAUCUGUUGCACCGUACAGGAGAAGAAAUCAUAUAACUAUGAAUAAUCCAAACAACAGUAUUUUUGCUACACUGGUCGUGCUGCUUUUAUGGCGAGUGAAAGAAAUCGCCGAAGCUUGCAGUUGCUCUCCUGUGCAUCCUCAACAGGCUUUUUGCAACGCAGACGUCGUCAUCAGAGCUAAGGUGGUUGGACGGAAAGAAAUAGCUUCUGGGAAUGAUGUCUAUGGCAACCCCAUCAAGAGGAUCCAGUAUGACAUCAAACAGAUCAAAAUGUUUAAGGGUCCUGGUCAAGCAGUGGAGGCCAUCUUCACAGCCCCAACUUCUGCCAUGUGUGGUGUGACUCUGGAGGCUGACAGCAAGGAGUACCUGAUCACAGGAAAGAUGGAGUCUGAUGGUGUGCAUGUUACACUCUGUGACUUUGUGGAGCCGUGGAGUGACCUAACCCACACUCAAACACUCAGCCUGAACCAGCGCUACCAGUCAGGCUGUGACUGCCGGAUUGUGAGAUGCCAGUCCUUGCCCUGUUCUAUCGGUGGCCCAGAAGAGUGCCUGUGGACAGACUGGGUCCUGGAGGCAACUCACCGUGGCAAACAGGCCCAAUUUUUCACCUGCAUCCCUCGAAGCGAUGCUUCCUGCAACUGGUACCGUGGCUCUCAUGCCCCCAGCAAGGAGUUCAUGGACAUCGAGGACCCAUAGUCCCCUUCAACACCAGCACCAAACAUCUGCACUCUGGCUCACACACACACAUAAUACAUAACACACACAUACACAGACACACACACGCACACACGCUAUCACAACCUGACUCUUUGAACAGAUCCCUGUUUUUGAUGAAUAAAAGUCAGAUUUACAGAAACACUUUUGAAAGUACCAAACCUUCCAUUUUGCUUGUUUUCACCCAGCUGCAUUAAGGAAAAGAGAACAAAAUUCAAACUAUUUUUGUCAUUUUUCCCUUUCUAAACCUUUUUUAACCUAGUCUAUAGUGUACAAAUGUUAUAUCCCAAUAUUGUUUAUACACAUGCUCCCUCAAACAAACAUAAACCCUACAUUAAUUAAUUUAACAGCUGUAAUAAAAUAGCAUAUUUGAGGGAAAGUGCCUUUUUUUUCUCGUCUUUUAUGACAUACAUUUCUGACAUUGUAAUAUUUUGCAUAUGUGGAAUGUACUGUAAAAGAUUAGUUGUAAAUUGUAUACUGCACUGUGCACAGAACAACUUGCAGAGGAUAUGGCAUUAAUUUAUACGUUUAGUGCUAGUAUUUGCAGGAUUUGUGUGUAUUUAUGAAAUAAGCAUUGCCCCUAAGAGUUAAUAGCUCAGCAUAAACACAUUCUGUUUGAUGUCUUCAGUCUGUACCCCUCAAUUCCCCUUUUAUUUCACAUCUAGUUGAGUUAUUUCACUGAAUUGGGCAUUUUGUGGCUCAGUGGACUGAAAGCUAUUAGCCAAGCCACGUGCACAUCAUCAACCAUUCUGGUCCACAGUCCUAGAAAAAAGUUAUAUUGAAGAGUCCUUUCAGUUGUAAUUAUAUAAUAUAUAAAAUAUAAUAAAAACAACAAUAUAUAUAACAUAUAAUAAUACUAUUAUAUAUAUAACAAAGAGCCUCCAAGGGUUUUAACAGGAACCCUUGAAGGUUCUUUUAGAUGUUUGGGGAAUACUCGAGGAACCUUUGAGGGUUUUCAAGAAGUGAAGAACUUGGAAGGACUUUUCUUUAAACAAGGGUCCCAUUUUGAAGCCCACAUGCAACUAUGGACAAGAAGGAAUAGGAAAUAAUUUUUCUCCAUGACAGAAUGCAGUAACUAGAAGAAGAAUCUUGUAGGGCCAGACAAGACUUGAGCACUUAGGGAUGAGAAAACACAAGUGGCAACUAAAAUGUUGGUAGUGGAUUUUGAGGAAAACAGAUGCAGGUUCAGUUGGCUUUCCUAAAAAAACCUGUCCAAAACUUGAUGAGACCAACACUGGCCAUCACACUUUUUUGUUUGAAUCAACACCACUUCAUUGAACUCUGACUUACAAAGAUGGUGAAUUGGUUUAGAGCAAGUAAACUCAGUUAACACCUCCUCAGCUGUUCCCUGUCAUAACAUAGGAUGAUGAUAAGUCUGUCCCUACAAGACACUGAGAAUAGUCACUGGUGUUCAGUGCUGUUGAUUAUGGUUGUGUUGUCCUUGAGCCUUAACAUGUCUCUGAAGGUACACAUGGUGGAUUCUGAGUUACUGCAGAUACUUUUUUUUAACAGGUGGCUUACAUCUGGCCAAAGUCUUCAUGUCAGGCAGGCCCUCACACUGCGCUCAACAGAACUUGAGGGUCACGGCACUUGUCCAAGUACAAUAAUAUCAAAUCUAUACUCCCUUCACAACAAUGCCUAUUUGACCAAGAUCAAGCAUAAAUGUGUAAGCCUUUUUAAGUCAUUUUAUUCAAUUUCUGUAUUCUUGAGUAAUGCAUCUAGAGACUUGGUCGAUCCAUGUUUUCAGAUACAUUGGCCUUUCUUGUAAAUUUUGUGUGUUUUUAUGACGUAAUGUAUGUCUUAGCAUUAGCAGUAGUGUGAGAUGUCUCGUGCUGGUACUACAUGAGACGGCGGUCUGAAGCUAGACCAUGCAUGCCUACCCUUUCCAGUAUUAUUCCAAACUGUAUGGAUGCCAAUGGUGUUGAGAAAUAAAACCUUUUUUAAAUCA